CCUCGGCUCUGGAUUUUCCUCACUCUCGUGGGCCCUCCAGAGGCUGCUUCCAGCCUCUCCUCAGGCCUCGUGCCAGGCCGUCGGGCCGGGCUGGGAGGGGUUCUUGAGCGCCGGGCGCCGCCCUGGAACCGCACACCCGGGCCGGGGAGGGGGCGGCGGCGGCCGGCCGGGUCCCAUGGCGCCGCCUCUGGCCCCGAUCCCCACCCGAGAGCCGAGCGGAGCCGCUCCCGCGUGCCGGAAGCCCGGGGCCGUGAGCUUCGCGGACGUGGCCGUGUACUUCUCCCCCGAGGAGUGGGGGUGUCUGCGCCCCGCACAGAGGGCCCUGUACCGCGACGUGAUGCGGGAGACCUACGGUCUCCUGGGCGCGCUCGGCAAAGGAGGCACCAAGCCAGCGCUCAUCUCCUGGGUAGAGGAAGAGGCUGAACUGUGGGGUUUGGAUGCCCAGGAUCCGGAGGUGGCCAGGUGUCAGGCGGGCACAGCCCCAGCAGAUUCCAGAAACAAGGAAGAGAAGCGAGGAAGGGAGCCAGUGGAAGCGCUGCAGGAGACAGUUUCUACUGACCCUGGGCCACGUGGGAUGCAGGGUCUGGGACUCCCUUCUGCUGGACUCCCUCAGGGCUUGGAGGCAGUAGCCAAAGCACCUCACCGCGGUCGUCCCCCACUCCGAGCCCACCCCUCUGUCCCCCGAGCAGACCAGCGUCAUGGCUGCUAUGUGUGUGGCAAGAGUUUCGCCUGGCGCUCCACACUAGUAGAGCACCUCUAUACCCACACCGGAGAGAAGCCCUUCCACUGUCCUGACUGCAACAAGGGCUUUGGCCGGGCCUCCUCCCUGAGCAAGCACCGGGCCAUCCACCGAGGCGACCGGCCCCACCGCUGCCCUGACUGUGGCCGGGCCUUCACGCAGCGCUCCGCCCUCAACACGCACCUGCGGGUCCACACUGGCGAGAAGCCCUACUGCUGCGCUGACUGUGGCCGCUGCUUCAGCCAGAGCUCCGCCCUCCACCAGCACCAGCGGGUGCACAGCGGCUUGACCCCCUUCCCUUGUGCCGACUGCGGCCGAGCCUUUGCCCAUGCGUCGGACCUCAGGCGGCACAUGCGCACUCACACCGGCGAAAAGCCCUACCCCUGCCCAGACUGUGGACGCUGCUUCCGCCAGAGUUCAGAAAUGGCAGCCCACAGGCGGACCCACAGUGGCGAGCGCCCUUAUCCCUGUCCUCAGUGUGGCAGAUGCUUUGGCCAGAAGUCAGCCAUGUCCAAGCAUCAGUGGGUCCAUCGCCCUGGAGCUGGGACCCGCGGGAGCCGAGGAUCUAGCGGGUUCCCUGGGCCACUGGCCCCUGACCCGGGAGACCUGGACCCACCUGUGGGUUUCCAGCACUAUCCAGAGAUAUUCCAGGAAUGUAGGGCAUGGCCUUAAAAGGAGGGGGGAGGGAGUAGAGAUCUAGACAUUGCCUGAAGUCCUACACGGGCACAGAGUCAUGAGCCUGUAUGACUGACUUCCAGGGAGAUUACAGAAUUUCUAUCAAGAGCUGGUGGUGGGGACUGUGGCCCAAGCUCUAGGAGCUGUCACUGCAACACAGAGGUGACCCGAGAAACCCUGCUAGAACUUCACUUGGGAGGCAGCACAGUUUCUCCAUUCAGAGGUGGGAAAGCAAAUUGAGGCAAAUUGUUUGACCAGUUACCCAGUUGGGAAGUUCAAACGAAUGGCUCUAUUAGAACUGGGCCUUUGGCUGCCUAUACUUAGAUCCUUCCAGGCAACAUUGUCAAAAUUUAAAAAUUGGAGUAUUUCACACAAAAAUCUCAAGUUUCUGCUUUCUCCUGAAAACAGAUUGGGAGGCAGAUGCCAGUGGCUAACACCUGUAAUCCCAGCUACU